AUGGCUUGUUCAUAUGUAUUUUCAGAUGACAAAUCUUUCCUAUAAGAUUUAGAUUUCAUGUUAGAAUAAUCAGAUUAAUGUCCUUCGUUAUUAAAAUACUAAUCAUGUUCUAUUUAAUUAUAAAAGUAAUAAUCAGAUGCUAAAUCUAAUGUAUCUUGUGCUGAUUUAGUUGAUUUGGAGAGAGGAGGUAUAAUAACUUAAUUAUAUAAGGUUGCAUCCUAUAAACAAAAAUAGGUCCAAUUUAAUAUGGUAUGCCUCCAGAAACAAUAAAGGACUGUUUAAAUUUAGGAAUGGAAGUUCCAACAUUUUAUAUAAUACCAUCUAAAAGGUAUUAAAAAUAGAAAUUAUUAGAUUUGAUAAAAGACUAGGUAUAAGCACUGCUGAAUUUGAAUUUCCUGCUUAUUUUAAUUUCUUCUGUAAAAAAAAGUAAAUAACAUUAAUUUGUACACCUGAUACAGAAAAGGCAAUUAGAACUGUUUUUUAAGAAACUUUAUUAGGUCCAAUUGAUCAUCCUGAUUUAGCACUUGAUUUCUAUCAUAAAUUUCCAAAAAGUGCUUAUCCAGAUUUUCAUAAAGAAAGAAGUGUAUUUUCAAGAAAUCCAUCAAAUUUAGAUGAAAAAUUGACAAUUGACCAUUUAUUAAAAUUCUGUUUAUUUGAUGAAAAUAACACAGCUACAAUAAUUGAAGGAGAUAUUACAAUUAAAAUAAUUAAGGAUAGCAAUUCAUUUAAAAUCUUAGAAAAUGGGAUAUAUUAAAAAAGUAUUUAAGAUGUAUUUACAUUCCCUUCAUAAUAUUAUGAAUAUAUUGUUACAAAACCAGAUGAUUAUAGAGCUGAAAGCAUGAAAAAUAUUAAAUCUAAAAGAGAUGCUGCAAAAGAAUAAUGUCCAACACCAUUAUUAGUAAAAUAAUUACCAGAAAUGACAGUUGAAGAAAAGGUAGAAAAUUGGGUUAUUGGUAAUAAAUAUUAAAGAGGUGGUGAGAAGAAAUUAUCAGUAGUAUUAUGGGAUUAGAUGGGAGGACAUGUUGAAAGUGGAUCAGCUAUUUUUUAAUUAGAUAUUGAUGAAAAUAAAUCAUUUACACCUCCAGAUUUUGGUGUUACUAUUUUAGGAUGUGUAAUUAUAAUAUAUAAUAUUUUCUUUAGUCACAUGGAUUCGAUCCUAAAGGCUCAACUUCAGGUUAUAUAUUCUGGAUUAAUGGAAGAGGAAUUAUGGUUGAUCCCCCUCCUUUUGCUUCCUAUCAUAUGAAAUAAAUGGGAAUACCAUCAAUAUUAAUAUGUGCAGUGAUUAUUAGUCACUGUCAUGCAGAUCAUGAUGCUGGUACAUUCCAUAAAAUAUUGGAUGAUACUAGAGUAGAAAUUAUAACAACUAGAACAAUUAUGAAUUCUUUUUUAAGAAAAUAUUCUGCAAUGUCGAAUAUUGAUAUUGAUUCUUUAAGAAGAUUAUUUAUUUUUAGGUAUAUUUUUAUAAUUAUCUAUUAUAGACCUGUUAUAAUUGGAAUUCCUUUGAAUAUAUACGGAGCUUAUUUUAAUUUCUUCUAUGCUAUGCACACUAUUCCAAGUCUUGGAUUCAGUGUGAAAUUAGAAAAUAAAUCUAUUUAUUUUUCAUCUGAUACAUUCUUUGAUCCAGAUUAAUUAUUAGUCUAUAAAAAUUAAGGAAUACUCUCAUAAAAGAGAUAUGAACACUUAGCUUUUAUAGAAUUUAAAGAAGAUCUAAUUCUACAUGAAGCAGGAGUACCUCCUAUUCAUACUGCAUAAUCUGUUCUUGGCAAAUUACCAAAUAAUAUAAAAAAUAGAUUGUAUCUUGUGCAUACAGCUUAAAAAGAUUUAAAAAAAGAAUUAGGAUUAAAGAUUGCAAAAACUGGUAUAGAAAAUACUAUGAUUUUAAUACCAAGUAAUACAAAUAAACAUUUGACAACUAUAAGAAGACUUGAUUUACUUUCUACCAUAGAUAUUUUUGAACAUUUGACAUUAAAAAAUGUUCGAUGGUUAUUGGAUUCAGUCACAGCUGAAGAAUACUUUCCAGGAUAAGAUAUUAUCAAAGAGGGUACUUCAGGAGAUAGAUUUUAUAUUAUUGAAUCAGGAUUAGCAAGAGUAUACUCAAAGUAGAAAGGAUAAGAAUUUGAAAGAUACUAUUAGGUUGGUGAUUAUUUUGGUGAAUCUGCUGUUUUAUCUAGUGAGGGAAAGAGAGGAGCAUCGUAAUUAUUAUUAUUAAAUUUAUUAGUGUUGAAGCUGUUACAAAUCUUAAAGUGCUUAUAUUAGAAAAACAUGAUUUUUGGUUUAUUUUUGGAGAUGGCUUAGGUGGAUAAGGUCCUAUAAUUUAAAAAAUGAAAUAAUUGACUGCUGCUAGAAGAUCUAAAGCUGUACAUUGUCUAUUUAAGAAUUCUAUUUUAUCUGAAUUAACACCUUCUCAAAAAACAUAAUUGGAAAUGAUAAUGAGAGAACAUGAGAUUGAAAAAGGUACAGUUCUAUGGAAAGUUGGAGAGAAACCAGAAUUUGCUUUUAUAAUAAAGAGAGGAACAUUUGCAUUUUAUGAUUCUCCAGAAUAAGAUUUAGAAGAAUUAGAUUCAGGAGCAUAUGUUGGAGAAUUAAAAGCUAUGAUUGAAAAUACUGCAAUAUCUACAUCUAUUAGAGCAACUAGAAAAGCUACAAUAUUUAAGAUUGCCAAAAAAGAUUUAAUUAGUUUUGCUAAUAAACAUCCAGGAAUUUAUAUGAUAUUAAUUGAUACAAAAUAUUUAGAAUGA